AUGGUAGUGCCAUUUGUCAUACUUUUGUCAACCACUGGAAUGAACAACGGUAUUGUAAAGUUCAAAAAGAAAAGGCUUAUCAAACAUUUUGUUACCAUAGCAGUUGCUAUUAGCAUACUAUUUGCAUUAAUCGUUGUUACUGGUAUUAUAUUAUUACUUGAAUUACCGCCAAACAAUCAAAAAUUUGCUUUCAAGAAAAUUGAUGUAUCGGAAGAUAAUGAGUAUUGGAAACAUCAAGUCCAUGCUGUUUUUGCAGUAAAUUUAGUGGGUCCAAAGGAUAUGCGACUGAAGCGAUCCAUCGAAAAUAUUAAAGUAACUCAAUUUAUAUUAAUUUAA